AUGUCUGAUGAAAAUGUCCACGAAUAUAACAUUAUGCUGUGUGGUUCAGCACGUGCUGGUAAAUCGACGUUGAUAAAUGCUUUGUGCAAUAGAACAAUGAUUGAGACAAGUAGUAUUUUAGAAUCCUGUGCAAAAACCAUAACAUGUUACACAUUUAAUGAUUCUCAUUAUAUUGAAUCAAAGGUGUUUAUCACUAAAUUUCAAACUAAUUUUUGUGAACCGCCCGAUAUUGACUCAUGGACAGAGGAUGAAGUGAAGUCGUAUGUAAAAGAAAUAAAAGAGAGAACAAAUCCGUUGUGUAUGAUAUAUUGUGCGAGUCCCGGUUCCUAUACUAAAAUUCCACAAUUGGAAUGGCUAAUUGAAGCAUGUUUAGAUGAACAAAUAUGUGUCGCUUUGGUAUGCACAAAUAUGUGGAUAAGUACGAAUCGAUACAAUAUUCGAGAUGAUUUCAACAAAAUUCUAUCAAAAUACUUAAAACAAACAAAAGAAGAAGAUGGUAUUACAUAUUAUGGCGAUAACAACGCUUUAGUGGCAAUGGUUAAUAGUGAAAAAUAUAUUGAUAAUGAAUUAGGAGUUGAUGAAAAAAUUUGUGGUAUCAAUGAACUCAUUUAUGGUAUAAUUACAUCGUUGAAAGAUGAUAAAGGUUUGGGUUGGCUUUAUACAAUUUCUAAUAAUGAGUCAUUUUGGAUAACAAAAAAAAGUAAGGUUGCAAAUUUAUUUAAUAAGACAGUUGAUGACGUAUGGAGUUUGAUUAGUGACAUUACUCGCGAUCUGAAAGAGCGUAAUAUAGCUCUGUACAAAAAGUCUAAUAUCAAUCGAAAAACGCCGAUCAUUCCUGAACAACACAUUGUUAUUCGUAAGAAAAAUUCGGUUUCGUGUACAAUAUUAUAA